CAGAUACGUGCGCAGCCUCGGGGCGGGAAGUAGUUCCGGCAGCCGCCAUCUUGUGGCGAAAGAUAACGGCGCUGCAGCUACCGGACAGAGUCCGCACCGAAUCCGCGCUCCGGCCCCACGGGCUGGGGGAGCCGAGCAGCCGCGGCACCGGCGGCACCCACAGUAGUUAGCCGCCCUGAUUCGCCCUACUCGUCAGUCCCGACAAAGAGCGGGAGGUGCCGAACCGCGGGAUGGCAAUGAAGCGGAUUACCAAGACUGAGUGGCCGCAAACUUGGGGAAGGAAUUCUGAAGAUACAGUAGCUUCUGGGAGCUAAGUGAUUUGGCUCGUGAUCCUCCAGCACAGUGUUCUGCAGGCCCAGUUGGCGAUGAUGCAUUUCACUGGCAAGCAACAAUCAUGGGACCUAAUGACAGUCCAUAUCAGGGUGGAGUCUUUUUCUUGACAAUUCACUUUCCUACAGACUAUCCAUUUAAACCACCUAAGGUUGCAUUUACAACAAGAAUUUAUCACCCAAAUAUUAACAGUAAUGGCAGCAUCUGCCUUGAUAUUCUAAGAUCACAGUGGUCCCCUGCAUUAACUAUUUCUAAAGUUCUAUUGUCCAUUUGUUCACUCUUAUGUGAUCCAAACCCUGACGACCCACUAGUGCCAGAGAUUGCACGUAUCUACAAAACAGAUAGAGAAAAGUACAACAAAACAGCUCGGGAAUGGACUCACAAAUAUGCAAUGUGAAACCUGAUACCUUGGAGUUCAAAUAUCUUGCAUCAUAGCUGGAAUAAACUUUUAAAUUACUGAUUUAUGAUUUUACUAUUUGGCUGCCCCCUUGUAAGAUCACAUCUUUCAUACCCCUCUUCCCAUCCCUUAACCUUAUCCUCUCCUCAUUCCUCCUCCUUCUCCUCCACCCCCAUUCACAUGUUCUUGUGAGAAGGCAGUUUAGUACUUCGUGCUUGGAAAGACCACUGGAUUUCUAAUGUAGUUUCAUCAAUCAUCUGAAAUUUUGACCUCCUUUAUAUAUGGAGCAUGUGUUAAGUGGCCAAUACCUUCAUAAUAACUUGGUUAUGAGAUUAAAACCAUUCUGUAUUGAAAUAAGUGCUGAUUUUUACCUGAAAUUAAAUGGGUCAAAUUCUUUUCUUUAAAGAUUGCUGUAUUAAUGGGGCAGCAUCUUUCAUUUUCCCCUGAUAAAAUAGUAUUUGAGUCUAUUUACUUCAUGCUCAUAACUUUGUUAUGAAUGGUGGAUUGGUUCAGAACGUUAUAACGUCGACAUUAAUUAAAAUAUAUGCUGUAUUUUAUGCAUGUUAAUAAAAGGAAUGACUUAAGGUUUUUGUUGGUUUUACGCAGAAUGGAAAUGGAAGUUACUGUCUCUUAAUCUUCCUCCCCAAGCGAACAAACUCAAAUCAUUUUGUAAAUUUCAUUUACAGUGCUACUUUUUACAAAACAAAAUGCAACUAUCAGUUGAUCUGUUUACCACAACACUUCUACAUGGCACUGAGUAAUGGUUCUCAUUUCACGGUAGACCGAUCAACUAAUAGCUUGUAUUCAUUGGGUUUUUCUUUUAAUAAAGUUGCAUAAACCAA